ACUGUGAUCUGGAUGCUAGCUAAUGUUCUAUUAAAUCGCAAUAAGUAAAUCUAAGCGAUUAAUUGUUCCAAAAAAAAUAACUUCCAGUGAGUCUAAUGAAAGUUUAUUUGAAAGUCAAGAAUUGAAACCGAAAACUGGAAAAAUUAUUAAAAAUGUAGUUCAAAACGUAAACAGUCAACGAACAAUUGAGAAGUAUAAACAAAUAACUCUCAUGAAUAACAGAAAACCAUUAUUUCUUGGUACUAGUACAAAUGAAUAUCUAACAGAAAAUAAUGCAAGGAAUGUUCAAAUUGAUUCUACAAUACGCAUACAAAAUUCAAAGGAGACGAAAACAAUGAACCUACCUGAAGUUAGAGUAGUUUUACAAGAUAUUUGUAAAACUAAUAGAGAUGAAUUGAACCAUAAAAAAAUGUAACUAUACGUAAUAUGGUUAAGUGCGUGUCAUUACCUAUUGCUUUUUCAACUCCCAAACGCACAGUUGAGAAAUGUUCACUGUCACUGAAUUUCCAGUCUCAUAAACCAUAUGAGCGAUGGACUCCACAAGCAGAGUUUACAAAAUCACAAGUAAAUAUCCAUCAGAAUUCUCUGUCCUUAGAAAGAGAUGAUAAUGUUUCCGUAUCCAUACCACAAUUUUCACCGAUUCUCAAUGGUUCGCACUUAUCACAAUCACAAACACCACGAAGAUUAAGAGAUAAGUCGCCCUUUCGUUUACAGACUCUGCUAACUUCUACAGUAAAUGGUCCAGGAGAUCAUCAUUCGCCAAGUGUUGGUGUUUCAAAGAUGCGUUGCAAUAGAUUAUCGACUUUGCAAAAGAUUCCGCGUUUAGAUUCUCCACUACCUUCAGACAAACGCGCUUCACAAUAUUCGCUUUCAAAUGCUUCUCUAAAUUUAGAUUAUAUUGAUCAGUCAGAUCACUCUGAUUUAAGAAUGCCUUCACGUUCACGGAGAGGUCGUUUGCCUUCUAUAGCUUCAGAUUCGUCAUCAAGAUAUAAAGAUAUUUCAGGACCGAAAAGUCAGUCGUCUACACCAUUUGUGCCUUCUAAUAGGUUGUAUUCGCCAGUUAUGUCGUCUCCACAAGAGCCUUCUACUCCUACUAGGUCAUGUUCAGAAGCAAGAUCUGUAAGACGUUCGCUCUCGAACAGUCUCUCGCGUUCUGUAGCAGAAUUUCGAACAGAACAAGAAACACCACCAAGACGGACAGGUCCACGUUCUGGAGCGCAAGAAGUAGUGCCUACUCGCACACCGCCGAGACGACCAGGCCCACGUUCAGUAACCCAAAAAGUAGUGCCUACUCGCACACCGCCGAGACGACCAGGCCCACGUUCACUAACCCAAGUAGUAGUGCCUACUCGCACACCGCCGAGACGACCAGGCCCACGUUCACAAACCCAAGAAGUAGUGCCUACUCGCACACCGCCGAGACGACCAGGUUCUGCUUCACCAGGAAGAGAAGAUAUUCAAGAUAACGAAGACGAAAAUGAAAAUUUGGAAGUUUCUGCAGGAGGAGAAUCUGAUUCUGCCGUUCCAAUGCUUGAACAGUACAAACCCAAGUUAUUCAAAAAAUACAAUAAAGCAGGGUACGACUUGGACUCUAAUAUUCCUGAACAACACAAAAGAUACGACAUUGUUAGGAAUAAGAUAUACCUAGGUGAAGGCAGGACAAUUGGACAGAAAUCAUGGAGGAUCAUUAAAUCCAAACGAAAGAAUGCAUUUUUAAGAGACUUAGGAACUAUUUUAUGGACAAAAAAAGUUAUAGCUUUAAGAAGUUUAGAUUUAAGUAAAUUGAAAAAAAAAUACCUUUGGAACAAAGCCCAUUCAGCUUUAUUCACCCAGAAAACUAAAUUUAUAUUUAAGUUUGUACAGCGAUUUCCUUGACACUUCUAAUAGGUAUAAACAAUUACCGCAGGAAACCAAAGACAUUCUUAUAAAGGAUGCGACUGAAAGCUUAAGUUUUCACUCAAGAGAUGAGAGAAAACACCAAGAUGAACCAAAUGAUUGAACCAAAUAAUUAAGCUUAAAAACUUGAAUGUUUAGAUUACAUAUUUCGUAACAUUAAGCUUAUAAAUUUAGAACUGAAUGAUAAAUUGUUAUGUUAGUAUUACAUUACAUAUUACUUGUGUAAAAAUUAGUUUUGAAAACUAAAAAAAAACAGUUAUGUUCAAAUUACAUUAUAUGAAAAACCCGCUUUAAUGAAAAUAAAUAUUUUUCUACUUA